AAGCGUGUAAACAAUUCAGUACAAAUCAUAAUCAGGAUAUACAACAUAUUAAUGGCCGCGUUCACCCUAAUCCUGACAAAGCAAAAGAUUUUAUCUCACAUCGUCUCUUUUGGGAACGUACUGGUUUCAAAGAUCCAUAUACUGCUCAAGAACAACAGGAAUUUUCUAGAUGUGAUCAUGAAUGUAAAGAUGAAAAGCAUCAUAAACCCCAAAAUCAAAAUGGUCCACCUCCUCCCAAGUCCUUUUGUGAGUUGCAACUUUUCCACGCUCCAAUUGACCCAUCCAAAGCUCCACCAAAUGGAUAUGGAUAUGUUUCUCUAGACGGACAUCACUUUAAUUGUGAAAAUCCAAGUACACGAGAAGCUGCAUUCCACAUAAUUUUUGUUCUGGACCGAUCUGGGUCAAUGUGUGAUAGCGAUAGGAAACCUAUAAAAGAUACACCCGUAUAUCAUAAUCUUGUCCAAACUCAUAAUAACCGACUUGGCGCU